CAAGCAGUAGCAGCAGCAAGUAGCAGAGCAGUAGCAGCAGCCAAGCCCUCGAGCCCAGUCUGCGUGUCUCCCUGCAUCGACUCAAGAGAAAAGAUCAUAAAGGCCUCAUCCAGAGUCCCCCCUAAUACAAAAGUCAUGCUCCGCAACGCACUCCGAACAACCUCCACGACAGCCAGCUUGCGAGCAGCAGGCCUCAGCAGCAUCCGGCAAGCUCACACCAUCUCAACACCAACCUUGAUUCACCUCGAGAAGCGAUGGGACACGCUCUCUCCUCAAGAACAGGCCGAUUUGCAGUCGCAGCUUGCUAAGCGCCAGGAAGGGCCUUGGACGGAAUUGACACCCGAAGAGAAGCGUGCUGCUUACUUCAUCGCUUUCGGUGCUCAUGGCCCUCGUGCCGAGACACACCCACCUGGUUUCCAGAUCAAAGUCUUGACUGGUACUUUGAUUGGCUUGGGUAUGAGCGCCGUGCUGUUCUACGGUAUUCGAACCACUGCCCAGCCUGCACCCAAGACCAUGAGCCGCGAGUACCAGGAGGCCAUGAACGAGCGUCUCCGGGAGCAAAAUGCCGAGCCCAUCUCAGGUGUUUCGUCCGAAGGCUACAAGGGCAAGGGUAUGGUCCAGAGCGACUAGAUGUCUUACA